ACGUGUGUGUGGGGGGGGGGUUGUGGGCGUGUUGAAGUUUUACGACAGUGACGUCAGCGCUUCACGACAGCGGCGAUGGAGGCGGCGACGAUGACGUAUGAUGCUCUCCUGCUGCUGGACGUGGAGGACUUUCCCGAUUCAGAGGAACCGGUGUGGAUCCUGGGUCGUCAGUAUAGCACACUCACAGACAAAGAUGCGAUUCUGGACGACGUGAGGUCCCGGCUCUGGUUCACGUACAGACGGAACUUUCCAGCGAUCGGAGGGACCGGCCCAUCAACGGAUGUCGGCUGGGGCUGCAUGCUACGGUGUGGACAGAUGAUCCUGGCACAAGCCCUGCUGUGUCUCCACCUGGGCAGAGACUGGCGGUGGGAGCAGGACGCCGUGCUGCCCGGUGGGGGCGGCUACGGCAACAUCGUGGAGGCCUUCCUGGACAAGAAGGACUCCUACUACUCCAUACACCAGAUCGCCCAGAUGGGUGUGGGGGAGGGGAAGCAAGUCGGGCAGUGGUACGGACCAAACACCGUUGCACAGGUGCUCAGGAAGCUGACCCUGUUUGACGAGUGGAGCUCGUUAGCCGUGCACGUUGCCAUGGACAACACAGUGGUUAUCAAGGACAUAGAGAGUUUGUGCAGGAGGCCGCACACUGCCAGUGUCUCCGACGCCCAGGCCCAGCAGCCCAAGGGGUCCUCUUCACAGUGUGGGGACGGGAGUUGGAGGCCGCUGCUGCUGCUGAUUCCGCUGAGACUGGGACUCACGGAAAUCAACCCAAUCUACAUCCCCUCGCUCCAGGUCUGCUUCACGUUCCCGCAGUCGCUGGGUUUCAUCGGCGGGAAACCCAACAGUGCCCACUACUUCAUCGGAUACGUGGGGGAUGAGCUGCUCUAUCUGGACCCGCACACGUGCCAGAAUGCGGUGGAGCUGGAUUCCACUUCGCGUUUACCCGACUCCUCCUUCCACUGCCAGAGAGCGUCCCGCAUCCACAUCACCCAGCUGGACCCGUCCAUCGCCCUGGGAUUCUUCUGCAAGACGGAGAGCGACUUCCGCGAGUGGAGCGACUUCGUUACCAAGCUGGUGCUGGCCGGGUCGUCUCUGCCCAUGUUCGAGCUGAUCCCCUCCCGCCCCCUGCACUGGCCUCCGUUCGUCCCUCCCAGCAAACCCGACGUGCUGCAGGCUGCUGCUGGCUUCACACAGGUGGAGCGGCCUGACGAGGUGCGCUUCUACGACUCCGACGACGACGAGUUCGAGAUCCUGCAGGCGUAACCACGGCAACCGCCCAGCGGCGUCGCUGCGGAAACCGCCGGGUUGCUUGGCCGCUGCACUGCCUGAGGGGGGAGGGAUCCCAGAUGUCGGGAGGGAUCCCAGAUUCCUGUAGGGGUCCCAGAUUCCUGUAGGGAUCCCAGAUUCCUGUAGGGGUCUGUUUCCGGGGUUCCUACAGAGGUAAGGGGGGGGGGUACCCCCAAGUUUUCCUGAGUGGCCCGUAGGGUCACUCUGAGAUUCUCCCCCCCCUCCCCCUACUCAUAGGGGUCCUGGGUUCUCUUGGGGGGGGGUCCCAUUGGGGGUCUCCCAUUGGGGGUCUCCCAUUGGGGGUCUCCCAUUGGGGGUCUCCCGUACGGGGGGGGGGGGGUCUCAGAUUAUGUCAGCGGUCCGAGGUUUUCCUUUGGGAGUUCCGUCGGAGUUCUGGUGACACACACGAGAGUGGGGGGCGGAUCCUGCGAGGGGGCUGUCAUUAGGGGGUCCCCCUCCCACCCCGCCCCCCUGGGGCCUCCGAGGGUUGGUGGACACGCACGUGGACACGCGUGUGGACACACGCACACACACGCGUGUGGACACACGCACACACACGCGUGUGGACACGCACGGAGACGGUGCCCCCACACACACACACACGCGUGCACAGCAAACGCACAGGCGACUCGCAAAUAACGGAGCUCGCACGCAAGCGCCUGCGGGGAACUGCAGAACAAGACUCAACCUUUGAAAAAUUUGCCAUCUUGCCAGCAGCGUUUAUUCUGUCACAAAAGGCUUGACUGCGAAAAAGAGGGGAUGAUGAUGGGGAUGAUGAUGAUGGUGGUGAUGAUGAUGUCCAAUCCCCCACCCCUGUAAUUCUACCCCCCUCCCCCAACCACCUGUCCGCCUCCUCCCACCCCCACCAAAUAAACGAGUUGGUUUACACUA